AUGAGUCCUUCUAACCCUGCAGUCAGGCCUUUGAGGAUCGCCGUGGAAGGAUGCGGACAUGGAUCGCUCGACAUCAUAUACAAAGAAGCAGACGCUGCUUGUCAAGCCAGAGGAUGGCAACUCGAAGACCUUGAUUUUCUCAUCAUUUGCGGCGACUUUCAAGCAGUCCGUAAUGCUCGCGAUCUCAACUGCAUGUCAGUGCCGAAGAGGUAUAGGCACAUGGGCGACUUCCAUCGCUACUACAGCGGCGAGUCUCGGGCUCCUGUGCUGACCAUCGUCAUUGGUGGCAACCACGAAGCGUCGAACUACUUGUCUGAGCUUCCGUACGGCGGAUGGCUCGCGCCCAACAUAUACUACAUGGGCGCUGUAGGUGUCAUCCGAUACGGCCCAUAUCGCAUUCUCGGCAUGUCUGGAAUCUAUGACUCGAAAGACUAUCGGCGGCCACACGAUGAGCGAUUGCCGUACAAUCGAGACGAGAUUCGCUCUAUCUACCAUGUUCGGGAGUGUGACGUAGCGAAGCUGCUACAACUUCGCCAUCCAGUCGAUAUCGGUCUGAGUCACGACUGGCCUAGACGCGUUGAGUGGUUCGGCGAUUACGAGAAGCUUUUUGCGGAACGACCACAUUUCUUCGACAGCGCUCGAUCUGAUAGACUUGGCAGUCUGCCGGCCGAGCAGGUGAUGGGUCACUUGAAGCCUAAGCACUGGGUCUCUGGCCACAUGCACAUCGGUUUCUCCGCCACAAUUAAGCAUGCUCAGCAUGACUCGAAGGACAUGUUCAAGGAACUCUCAAUUCCUGACAAGUGGAAGCAGGCGUUGCCGAAAGCCAUGUCCCGGAACUGUCUCACUGGAGUUGCCAGAGCACACGAGCAAUCGCCACAGACCACCGACAUGACGACUCAGUUCCUCGCGCUCGACAAGCCCGGUCACGGUAAUGACUUCCUCAGGUUGCUCGAGAUCGAAGCUCCUCCUUCCAGGCGGACCCCGCCGGCAGCGCAUUACCUGGAGCGAUUGAGUGACGGCAAGUACAAUUUAUUCUACGAUGAGGAAUGGCUGUCAAUUCUACGCGAAUUUCCUACAGCCACGAGCCAUGAUGGAACCAUCCUUCAGACGAUGGAUCAACUGUCGACGGAUUUAGACACUGUCAUGAGCCGGCCUGCGACAACUCGAUGGAUAGAUGCCAGUCUUCCCGUCGAGGAGCUGUUUAUCAUUCCCCGGAAUUUUAGGCCCCACGCGCCAGUAUAUUCACCGGAUGACAGUCUUGAAGACAGCACGCAGCCUCCAGAGUAUCCGAACAGUCAAACGGAGACGUUCUGUAAAACAUUCGGAAUUGCCGGCGUUCCCGCCCGCAGUGUGAUGGUGGACGACCCUAACGAGGACAUCGUCUUCGGAUGA